AUGCAAGCACAACUGGCAGAAAUUUGAAUCACGGAUCAGUCACUAAAUAAUUUCUCAGUAGGGAGCAUUGUGAAACACCCCAAAACUGUUCUAACAUUUCCUCAUCGCACUGGACUGCAAGGAUCUGAGGCAUCCAAAUAACUUCUGUCCAUGACCUGUGGAGGGCAGCAAUACGCCAUGGCUGCGUCUAAUCUACCGGAAAUCUAAAAGACGAAGAAGAAGAUUACAUGCACUCAUGCAUGCACUUCAGUAACUAUCAGAAGAAACCAGGAAACACAUUUUUGAUGUCAUUGUUUUAUAUUAGAGGUAGCCUAUAUACUUUUGUUUAGUUUACUAAAAACUGACUGAAGGUCGAAAAUGGCUUCAGCAAUAACAUGCUGCAGGUCAGUCGUAUUUGUCAAACGCAAAACUCUUUAUUUCUACAGGCAAAAUAGCAAGUUUCUUUCCUCUAUUGGUACUGUUCCAGCUGGCCAGAGGAACCGACCAUCAAAGAAACAGUUGAGGAAACCUACCUGUCCCAAGGAUCUGUCCUGGGAGGAAAGGCUGGCUGAUGUUGUCACCCCUCUAUGGAGACUGAGUUAUGAUGAGCAACUUGAAGUCAAGCAAAAGCACCAGGAAAGGAUUCUGUCUCAGCUCUGCGGUUAUCUUUCAGGUGACUUCACAACACAGUCCUCAUCACCUGUCAGAAGUAAACUCAGCUUCCCUGUCCUGCAUGUCCUCCCAUCACCAGUGAGGGACGGCUACCGCAACAAGUCAACAUUUUCCGUCAACAGAGGAGUGGACGGAAACCCCAAAACGGUUGGAUUUUAUGUGGGCACAGGCAGAGGGAGAAACAUUGUCUGCGUCAAUGGAGACCACCUGCUCAACAUGCCGGAGAAGCACAAACUAGUCGGCAGAUGCUACCAGGACUUUAUCCGCCUCUCUCCCCUGGAGCCCUGCCUGCUGUUCCACACCGGGGGCCACUGGAGAGAGGUCGCAGUGAGGACCAACACAGAGGGCCACACCAUGGCUAUAGUGUACUUUCAUCCACAGCUGCUCACCCCGGAAGAGUUAGCACACCACAAGGCUGAGCUGGUGGAUUACUUCACCCGGGGGCCUGGAUCAGUUUGCCAGUUGGACUCGUUGUUAUUCCAGGAGAGCGAAAUGACUCGCUGCACUCAUGAGGAGUCUCCUUACCAGCUCCUCUACGGUCAGCCGCACAUAUAUGAGGAGGUGCUGGGCUUCAAGUUCCGCAUCUCUGCUGAUGCUUUCUUCCAGGUGAACCAGGCAGCAGCUGAGGUGCUGUAUCGUACAGUGAGAGACCUGUGCCUUCCGAACCACAAGAACGUUGGCGGAAGAGCUGCCGUUGGUAGUACCCUCCUGGAUGUGUGCUGUGGGACAGGUGCCAUCGGUAUCACUAUGUCUCACAGAGUGGACCGAAUAAUCGGCAUAGAGCUCAUAGAGCAGGCGGUGGAAGAUGCUAGACACAAUGCCGUUCUCAAUAAUGUACUGAACUGUGAGUUCAUCCCUGGAAAGGCAGAGGUGGUGCUUCCCGGUUCUUUGUCUCAGUUGAGCUCUGUAGGUGGAGAACUUGUUGCAGCUGUGGUGAAUCCUUCUCGAGCUGGCCUGCACCACAGAGUGGUCCGAGCGUUACGAAACCAGCCGGCCAUCCGCAAGCUGGUCUUUGUUUCCUGUAAACCUGAUGGAGAGGCUCUGAGGAACUUCAGGGAGCUCUGUUGUGCUCCUGACCCACAGAAGAAACUCACAGGAGAAGCCUUUUCUCCAACUCUGGCUGUGCCCGUGGACAUGUUCCCACACACUCCUCAUUGUGAACUGGUGCUACUUUUUGAGAGGUAGCAAAACGUUUUGAUUCAGAAGUGAGCCUCAACUUAUCAGUUACAACUCUGGCUACUUUAGAAAGCUUGAAUUCUGUAUGAUAUAUGAUAAUGAAAAAUAUGUAAACACACCUGAGGUUUACCCAGAGAGUUAAUUUAUUUAUUUAAUUUGACUUCUAGGAUUAAUGGUUGGACUGCAAAAAAUAAUCCUAUAAACAACUAUUCAAAAAUGUCCUUCUGGAUUAAUAAAGUUCUGUUUUAUCUUA